UUUGUUCUCUACUGCGUCGUAUUUUACAGUGUAAAACAGAGACGACUUCAGAAUUUCUUUUGCCGAAAUUGAAGUAAUUGUGAAGUUGCGAUGUUAUUUGAUGUUGAGCUUUGUGUUGUGUAACCCAAGAGACUCAUGUGAGUUGUGACUUGGGCUCUUCGUGAACUUCGUGAAGAUUAUGUGAAGAGACUUCUGAAAUUCUGCUUAGCCUGUUAAGAUGACAGCUGCUCUCUUUUUUCUGACUGGCUGAAUGAAUCUGUUCCCACUUCUAGUGCGUCUCUGUUGCCUCACGCAUUACUCUCCUUUGCUCUGUUGAAAAAUAUGGAAGUCAAUAACACCGAGAGAUGGAUACCAGUUCCCAUCCUUAUAAUCCAUAAGGACUUCAAAUCUGAAGAACUACUGACUUGCGAAAGAACCGUGUUUGUUCACCCGAAUGAACAUAAUAGCUAUCAGCAACUUCUGAAUUUCAUUCGGAGUUUCCCAGAGACGGCAAAAUAUACCGAGGAUGAUUAUACUAUCAGUUACUUUGACACGGAUAAUGAUCAGAUUCCAGUGCAAAGUGAAACUGAGUUUGCGGAAUACCUGAAAGUAUGCCCGCUUCCGCACCUGUCGGAAGGCAAAGUUCGUCCUUUGGUCAUUCAUGAUAAAGGGUUGCCUAAGAAUCGAAUUGAUUUUUGUUUCAAUGACAGCCCUCAACCUAUGAAAGCAUCACAUAAACAUAAAUUGUCAAUAGAGCACGCAGCUUCAAUUAACAUUGGUAGUGCUUUCACCAACAUGUCACUAAAUGAAAAUUCUGGUGAAAUCAGUGAUGACAAUCUUGUCAACUCAGGUGGAGCCCCUUUGUGGUUUUCAAGAGAGAUGGAUAAGUUUAAAGCAGACAUCAUGAAAAAUAUGUCCACCCACCUAGAAAGCUUCACUAAAGAAUUUCAUCUUGCUUUGGAGAAAGCCAUAAGAGGAGACGAGCCAAAAAAACUGAAGAAAAACAAAGAAAAGAGGAGAUGUGAAAAGAAAGAGAAAACCAAACUACUCGGGAGUGCCAGUACAUCCAAAACAAUGAAAGACAAGCAAACAAAAAUCAAUGAAACAUUGAAAGCUCACAACAUGACACAUCCAAAAAGUUUUGACAAUGAAAGUUUAUGCCUUGAUUACAUUGCACAGAGCCAAAAACGGAUGAAUCUAAAUGAAGAAAAGAAAACCAAAUUGCACUCCGUAGCAAAACGCAAAAAGGAGUCUCUCUCUAAAUAUGAUAACCGCUCACCAUUUUCUGCCAAGGAAAACCAAGCUUUGUUUGAUUUUUCCUCAGGAUGGGCUAUCAAUGAAACACUGACCAACUCCAAGAAGAAAGAUACUGAGCGUCUUAAGACCAAAUGUAGUGAUCUUUCCCAAUCCUCCAGCGAUAGUGACAACCGCGACGGUCAGGAAGAAUCUGAUGAUAUUGUGAUCGUUGGUUUCAAUUCCUCCUUUGACGAGAUUUCUGACACUGACUUGAGUUUCGUAAAUGGAGAGGAGCUUGCAAAAGAAAUGCCCACGGAUGGAAAGGCCGUUGAUGUUGAGCUUCCUCCAUGCUUCUUCCCCGAGAUACCUGUAACAUUCAAAGAUAACAUACCUUUGCAGUUGAAACAGAAUGACUUGAAAGGAUUAAAAUCCACAAUUCCAAAUAGUCGUGCUUUUCCCUUUAAUAAGAAAAGCAGGUCAAAAGACAAGAAACAUGAUGAGAAUGUAUCCAUGGCAGAUGAAGAAGAUAUUCAUCAUUCCUCAAAAGACAAGAAACAAUCAGAUAAAUCGAAAAAGUAUUGGAGGGAACUGGAGGAGAAGUUUAAAACUCUUCAAAAUUCAUGUAAAAACGAAGAAGACCGUUGGAAAGUUUUGGAAGCAGAAUUAAUAGGUUGGCAAUUAAUCAAUCACUCCUUAGAUCCAGCAAAUGGAAAAAAGACCGUGAAGGAAACGGACAGAAAGAAUUUAUCGAAUGAUUCCUCAUGUAUCACGGACAAUAAUGUUAAUCCUAAAAUAAGUGAAGCUCACAAAGCUUUAUCAGCAUUGAAAGAAGCAUUAAAUGAAACAAAGCAGCCCAAGAAGGUCAGAAACAGUGUCGAAAAUCCCUUCAGCUCUGGCCAUCAAUUGAAACCUGUGGCAAGCUCAUCAGCGGCCAGCUCUAGCACUGAUGAGAAACUUGAUGAAAAUAAUGAUGGUAGCAAGGCUAAUGCAGAUCAGCGCAGUGAAAACGUUGGAACCAAAAUGACCGUGUCAGAGAUGUUACUUUCCAGAGAACCGCCGCAUUCUGAUGUGCUGAAGGAAAGAAAACGCAAGAAAGAGCCAGAUUUGGAGACGCUCAUGGACAUGAUGCUCCGUAUAUGCAAAAAUCCUGCAAAAGAACGACAUUCUCUGAAGAAAGACACAAAUGAAGGUCAGACUCAAACCGGAGUGAAAGUCAAUUCUAAUUCUCCACAUCCGAAAGGAAAAUCGUCUGCAGGGGAAAAAUCUACCUCAAAUGGAUGCACAAAGUUAGAGGAACAAUUCUCGCUGAAAUCAUUGAACUCAUCAGAUGAUGAUUCUUCCUCAGAUUAUGAGGAAUGUGAAGAAACUGGUAAAUCUAGUGGGAAGACACAUGUAGAGAUUGCUCAUGAACCUACCUCUGCCACUCAUUCUGUAGAAGAAGAAUCGAAAACUGAAGAAAUGCCCCUUAAACUCGUCAAAGAAACAUCAUUUGCCUCUUCCAUAAAUACUGUAGAAGAUCCCUUGCAUGAAGGUAUCUCCUGUCUGACAGCACCAAACAAAACCAAUUGCUCUCAGGACUCAAGAGGAAAUUUAAAAACUGCUGCUUCAGUUGAGCCAGUAAAUAAGGCAAAUAUGAGUAAAUGGAAUGACUUAGUGUCAUCGUCAACUCGUGCAUCGCAAACCAGCAAUGCAGGACUUUCAAACGAAUCAUCCAAAAUACUUUUCUCUUGCGGUACUUCUCCUUUUGGUGCAUCUCAAGGAGUUGCCAAAGAAAAUACGUCUACAGGCAUAGAUUCAGCAAAUUUGUCAUUUUUGAACACAAACAAGAAUGUAAUGUACCCUCCUCAGCAAAUCCAUCCUGGGGGAGGGGCUUUGAAUAAUUCCUCCUCUUAUGCUUUUGGAGGUGCUCCGUAUUACCUGGAUUUUCUGAACCCCAGUGGAUACCAGUAUGUUCCGCAUAUGCCCCUGCCAAAGAACUUCUCUUGUUCGCAGAGUUUCCAAAGUUCUCAUAGUGCGCAAAAUCUGAUUCCAAAACCAACUUUAGCCCCACCUCCUCCACCAAUUGUUAUUCCACCUCCAAUUCCUCAAGAGAAACAUUUCUACUUCCAGCCUGGGUAUAAUGCUCUGUACACAAAUCCAUAUUACACGAACCCACAGCUCAACGCCUUUUUGAGCAAAGGAGAUCCAAUGAAAAAUUGCUCUGCACUGAAACGUGACCUGACCGGUACUUACACGACCCCAGUUAUGGGAUAUCCAUCAGUCUACCCUAGCUGCUACCCUCCAUCAAAUGUUCCUUUGAACACCUCUCAUAACAAUUUAACUGCUGUCGUACCUCCAGUCCCAAAUCCUGUGAUCAACUUUCCAAACUCCUCUCAGCCAGUCUUAGGACAACCAUCAGUUUCUGAAAGUAAAAAUCUAACACAGAUACCUGUGCCAGGGAACAGUCAAGUAGCCUCUAAUGUUUCUGGCUCUUUUGCUCUAAGUUUGCCUCACAAUGUUGCUGCCAUGACCAAAGCCACUGAUCCUGUUGAUGAAGGAAUGUCGAUGACUGAUUAUGUCGCAAAAAAUAACCGCAACAAAACACUUCAACAAAAUCAAUCAGUAGUGCCUGACCUUUCAUCCACCACACCUGAAGCAUCAGCCCCAUCUGCUCCAUGUGGAAUUGAAGUGUCAUCACCAGAAAGGAGUCCGAAACCUCCACCUCGUUUGAACAUCACAGGUUUAAUUCCUGAGCGGCUUCUUACCACACUCAAUUCAGCGGCCACCAAUGUAAAGGGAGUUUUUGCACCAAGUCGGGCUGGAAAAAAAGAUAGCUUUGGAGCUCAUUCUUCACAAAUUCUUCCUGAAUUUUUGUCCGCUUUCAUCAAAAAGGAACCAAUUCAGGUUCACAUCAUCACUCGAAGCUCUUUCCAAAGGUACUUUGUGAUACCAGUCAGUAAAUUAGGAGAGUCGCACAGUUUUCACAGUGAACUGAGAGCCUACAUGUCUUCUGAAGGAUGGCAAAACGUUUCACCACUUAAUCUUCAGUCAGGUGACAUUUGCGCUCUGCAUGAAAAUAUUCAGGAAGCAAAAGAGGGGAAAGAUUCUUUCAGCAGAGUGAAAAUAUUAUCAGUGGAUGAUGCAGCUGGGUUCCCUGGAACCUUAAUUAGAGCACAGAAGAUUGACUUUGGAGUCAUAGUUCACUGUGAGCGCAGAAACUUGAAAGUAUUACCCACGAAGUUUCAAUUCAUGCCACCUCUUGUUGCUGAAGUUGUUUUUGGAGACCAAGAAGGAGCUGCUAGUUCUCUGCCAACUCCUCUGUUUAUCCAACUUGUACGUCAUUUCCCCAAGACCAAUCACUGGUCGGUCAAAAUGUCAAAACGUCAAAAUGUGAUGAUCUGUGAUAACAGCCCAGAUGAAACGCAUUUGGAUGAGGAACUUGAAGAUGGCUCUUGUUAUGAAAUAUUUGGUGUAAAAGGGAAGAAAACUCCUGUCCCAAAAUUACUACCACUGUCAAAAGGUUUUCUUCCUGGCUCAAAGUUAAUUUUGAGAGGUGCACCGUCUGAGAACAAUCCAAACAGGUUUGCUAUUAAUCUCAAUUGUGGCUCCCAGGAAGACAUAGCGUUGCAUCUAAAUCCCCGAUUGAAAGAGGGAGUAUUUGUUCGGAACACCAGACACUGUGGAUGGUGGGGAAUUGAAGAACGUGAUGGACCUUUCCUAUUUACUCCUGGCGUUGAAUUUAUACUGCAAAUUGAAUGUCAGUCAGAAGGAUACAAUAUCAAAUUGAACAAGGUCCCAUUACUGUACUACAAGCAUCGAACAAAUCCAGAAGGAAUCACUCAACUGAAAAUAGAAGGAGAUGUGACUAUCUAUGAGCUUAUAUACGCAGCACCAAAUGUAUCUGAUGCAGCCUUUGCUACUCAAGAUUCAACACUUGAAAGCACGCCCUCUUCAAAUCCCCCCGCACUGGAGGAUGCUGUGGCAGAUGAGAGAGCCGACACAUCCGAAAUUGAGCAACCAGAGCAGAGCUUACAGGAUAAAAUCAACUUUCUUCUGGAUAUUGGAUUCAAGGAUGAAGAAAAAUUAAAAAAUCUGCUGAUGCAGAACAAUGAAGAUAUGUCAGACGUGGUUGACAUCCUGACAAAUAGUUCGGGCUACUCCUUCUCUUCUCUUUCCUCUCUCCUUCCCUAGUUGUUUUUCUUUUCGUUUGAUAUUUUUACUCAUAGACUGCUUUAGAUUCCUAAAUGUAGAACUCAAGUUCCCUAGGUGUAAGAUAUAAGAUUUUAUCCCUUAUGCAUUUAAAAGAUGUUGAGCUAUGUGCAUUUUUACAGAAUACAGAGCAUCCUCAUUUUUGAUAGUGGCUCUUGGUCUGCUAUAAUAAUUUAAUCGUAAUAAGGUGCUUCACCAGUCAUUCUAAAAGAAGUUGUCAGGUACCAGUCAAAAUUCCAUGAUCAAUUUUCAUAGUUUCCAUUUUUUUCUCUGAUAACAGACUGAUCAGUGACUUCAACAUCAAUUUGUGACAAAUUGCAUUAUUGAUUGGUUCAAACCAAGACGAUAUAUCAUGAAUUACAAAUGAGUGUAUUGUGUUAUUUCAUUAAAACCCCAUCGAAGAGUCGUAAAUCAAUGAACGACCCAUGGAAGAGGACAAAUCCAUGUCGAAUGUUUCUCCAGGACUCUGCUCAUUCUAAGUAUCGAAGUAUUCUGAUGUCUGUGAAUUUGUUGUUUUUAUAUUAUGUUUGUGUCACUCAAGUAAGUCGCACAAGUAAUAUAUCGGAGGUUAAUUUCGCCGAAGAGUUCAUUUCAAGUUCUGUCUCAUGUAUUAAUUCUUUUAUCCCUGUUCAUUGUUUGAAAUUGUCUUUCCUCCUUUUAAGGGUCUCAAUUUACACUUUGUCAAGGUCCAGUUAAAGGGCUGCUUUCGUAUCGAGGAAUUCUGUGAAUAAAAUUGAAGUUAAAAUCAACUGUUUCUAUUGAUUCUUAUCAAGACUAUAUGAUUUAAUUAUCAUUAAGCUACCUAAAUGCUUAUCCUGUUUUGUAAUAUGUUUAAUUCUAAGCUCAACCUAGUAGUAGUGUCCAUGAUAUUUAGUGUUCUUAUUUUGUUUUAUGCUUUGGCUAUCAGUGAUACCCUUGUCAUUCACCCUAACUGCAAGCUGCAACUAUUAACAGGAUGUCAAGAUAGAUUAGGUGUAUGCCUUAAGUUGCUCACUGUUAGUUUAUAAUGUAAAAUAUUUUCGCACCCAUGGAUUUCUACUCUUAAUUCAGUAUGUUAGAUGUCCUAACCCUCACUGUUCAGAUGAUACUACCUGGUUUAGAAACUGAAAAUGAAUCGUUGAAAUUAGUCCAAGUGAAAAGUAUUAUUUUCUAGAGUCUUCGCUGUUUCUAGCACUAGAGUUAUAUUUCUAUACAGGAUUUACUUUAUACAGUCAAGUGUACUUUUUCUGAAGAUCCUUUCUCUUUUAUGACUUGGUAGGCUCUUACAUCUUCUUUUAAAUGAACUUAGCAUUUAAUUAUUAUGGCUAUCUGAUGUUUCAUUACAUCGACUGUAAAUUUUACAUUUUAUGAACUCAUCAUAGGAGAAAAUCAACCUCAAAUCAUUUGCAAUCCCAGAAUUUUUUUUGCAAGGUGCUCUCUUAUCAAAUAAAUUUAAUUAAUGAAACUGAUUUACCCAAUCAAGAAACAUUAUGAAGGACUUGCCCAUAAAAAUAAUCACCUCUGCAGAUAAUUGACAGGUAAUCAGAGUACAAAAACUUCGAAUUUUUGUCCCUGCAAAUUAUGAUCAACUUUUCUGAUUUCUAGAGAAGUACGUAGGUCUGCGAAAACUUGUAUUUGAUAAGUUGGCGGUUGUUUAAUUUUGUCUUUCAUCUUCAGCCAACUAAUCUAUGCAUCUGCGCUCAUGGUCAACUCUCAACCAUCAUAAUGGACAGCAGCAGCUCAGAAAUACAGAAAACAGAAUACAAAGAAUUGCUGACUUACCUAAUGAGAUGUAUAGCUUAAAAGUUUUAGUGAUUUUUUAAACUUAUAAAUUAUUAAAAAGAUUUGAAAAAAAUGAAACAACUGUUCAAGCAUUAAAUCAAAGUAGGCCUCUGUCAAGCAUUGCCAUCCAAAUUUUCUUGAUUCUCGUAUCAACAAAUGACUAACAGACAUGUAGGGGGGUUUUUUCUUUUUCUUUCUUCUCCAAUACCCUUUUUAUGAUCCCACUAUUAUUCUGUAAUCACCCCCCCCCUCAUUAAUAGCUUAUCUUUUAUCAUUAGUAAUAGGAUUUGAAUUGUGCUUGAUAAGUUUCUUUCCACCUUUCCCAUCACAGUUAGAACUUAAAAUCAACUAUUGAUUGAAUUAUCCUUAUGCUGCUCAGCCCACAAAUCAUACAGACUAUCCUUCUUGUAGUUCUCUAUUUUGUGCAUUUUCCAAGUCACACUCAAGGCUUAGUUUUAAAAAUUUACUCCUAUUUAUCGCUAUGAUUGAAAGUUAGAUAUACUUACGCAAAGUGUUUUUGGUGUUUAGUGAGUUAUCGGUUUCUUCAAAACGGAUGCUACUUUUUCGUUAUAUUUGCAUCUCAUUCAAAAUUUUAAUCAUGGUUGUAAGAUGUUAGUUUGUAGUUAAUAUUGUUGUAUUUUUGAUGUUUUUCAAUUUUAAUCAUUCAACUUGGUAGAGGAAUUGCAAGUAAAUUAUUAUAAAAUUAUUUAA